CGCAAGUUCGCAACAGUUUUCUUCUCAGUCAGAAGGUGAGAUUGCAAGAGACUACAUGUGUACCGUCAGGAAUUAUAAGAAAUAACAAGAUAAUGAAGGUCGCCCUGUGCUUGUCGCUCCUCUUUGCCGCCUCAGCCGUUGCUAGCCCAAUGUUCGGUGCAAGUGGUAUGAUGAAGCGCCGGUUCCCCGGUGCACCAGACAUGACGGUUCGCAUGUACCGUGAGAUCCAAAACUCCAACAACGCCCAACGCGAACCUGAGACCAACGCUGCUGCAGGGACCCCGGUUCUCAGAACCAACGUUGCCACGCAGAACACUCAGGACAGGAACUGGAUGUUCAGCAACGCUGUUCCAGCGCCUGCACUCACUGGCCCCGCUGACCUCAUCGCUCCAGCCCCUCAAAUUACCAGCCAAUCCAGCGGCCAAUCAGCUCCUGCUCAGCUGAAUCUUCGCGACGUCCAAUACCAGAACGCGGUAGAUUCUUCAUACUUCUACUCGGACUACCCUACCUCCUUCUACCCGCGGGAAUCCUACGGUUACCUCAACUUCCCCGAAGCUGACCUAUUCGAUGGGUUCUACUCGAAGGGGUACAAUUCUUAUCGUGGACACAGUCCUGUUAUCCCGCGUCGUGGAUAUUAUUAGUACACUAUACGUCUAUACCUUUUAUUAAAUGUUAUAAUAAUA